AUCAGAUCAGUUGCAGAGCGAGGAGGAGAUGGCUGACUGGGGUCCGGUGGUGGUGGGGGUGGUGCUCUUCAUCCUGCUGUCGCCGGGGCUGCUGUUCGAGAUCCCGGGCUCGCACCGCCACGUCGACUUCGGCGGCUUCCACACCAACGGCAAGGCCAUCUUCGUCCACACCCUCAUCUUCUUCGCCGCCUUCACCAUCCUCACGCUCGCGCUCCACAUCCACAUCUAUGCCGGAUAGACUAGAGUACUAGACUGUGUGUGUGUAUCAACUAGCUCAUGCCUGCGCGCAUCUUCUUCCCUUGUUCGGUUCAUGGCUCCCUCCCCUUCAUGGUCCUCCCAUGAAUCUGUAAUCUGUUGGUCCUGUACUCCUGUCUACUUAUGUUGUCGUCAUAUGGGUGUACCAGAUCCAUACUACGCCUUAAUUAGUUGAGGCCGAUUAAGUUAUUGCGCUCUCUUUAUUUGA